AUGGUUCCUGUAGGCUUAGUGUUUCCUGAAGAUGUCCAGCAGCUGUCAGGGAUUACAGAAGAGCCUCCUGAACACCAGGAGUGGAGCUCCCGUCUGGACCAGGAGGACACGAAGCCUCCGCACAUUAAAGAGGAACUCUGGAGCAGUCAGGAGGGAGAGCAGCUGCAAGGACUGGAGGAGGAUGAUACCACAAAGGGGACCAGAGAGAAUCAGUCAGGAUUAAACUCAGUUAAAAAUAAGAAGGUGAAGGCUGAGAGACCACACAGCUGCUCUGAGUGUGGUAAAAAAUUUAACUGUCAAGGAAAUCUGAUCAGACACAAGGUAGUUCACACAGGAGAGAAACCCUUCGGCUGUUCAGAGUGCAGGAAAAGGUUCACACAGAAAGAUCAUCUGAUCCGGCACAGAGUGGUUCACACAGGAGAGAAACCCUUCGGCUGCUCUGACUGCGGGAAAAGAUUAACACAAAAAAUGUAUCUGACACGUCACAUGGCAAAUCACAGGGAGGAGAAACCCUUCAGCUGCUCUGAGUGUGAUAACAGAUUCAACAGAAAGUCUGAUCUGAUCACUCACAUGGUUCAUCACACAGAGCUGAAACCCUUCAGCUGCUCUGAGUGUGAUAACAGAUUCAACAGAAAGUCUGAUCUGAUCACUCACAUGGUUCAUCACACAGAGCUGAAACCCUUCAGCUGCUCUGAGUGUGAUAAAAGAUUCAACAGAAAGUCUGAUCUGAUCACUCACAUGGUACAUCACACAGAGCUGAAACCCUUCAGCUGCUCUGAGUGCAGUAAAAAGUAUUACAAUAAAAGCAGUCUGGCCAGACAUGUGCUAGUUCACACAGGAGAGAGACCCUUUAUCUGCUCUGUUUGCAGCAAAACAUUUAAACAACAAGCGCAUCAGACUUCACACAUGCUGGUUCACACGAGAGAGAAACCCCUCGGCUGCUCCGAGUGCAGUAAAAGGUUUUACUGCAAAUGGCAUCUGACCUCACAUGUGCUGGUUCACACGAGAGGGAGAGAGAAACGCUACGGCUGCAGUGUUUGUGAGCAAAGAUUACAGGUGCAUAUCGAUUAA